UUUAUAUUUAUAUUUAUUAAAAUUCUCGUGUAGUUUAACUCAGUAAAUAAAAGAGACUGCCCCCCACCCAAAAGUCUGCACAUAGUGAGUUAUAGGGACGUGCGUUUACCAUAACUAGAUUACGUGAGAGUCCGAGUGGAAAAAGGAAACAACAAAUUUGACCGUAUGAUUUCGGAUUCUCGUAACAAAUCGGAAUUUCUUAUUGGUGUGUGUGACGCAGUGUAUGAGUGUGUGUGGUGUGGUGCGUGAAAAGCGAGCGAGAGGCGCGUGCAUUACAAUAAUUGCACAAACAACAAACCAUCAACUAACUAGAGUGAGAGAGAGGGGGGUGGCCGUGGCUUUCUUCGUCGUCGUCGUCGUGGAAGUGGGAGAGAGAGAUCAGCAGGAACAACAAAACGCCGAGAUUUGUUCCGUUCACCCCCCAAAUCAGACUCCCCCGCGCCCAACCACUAACUGUUGUUUGUGUGGCAGGGGUGUUCUUGGGGCAUUGAAAAUUUCCGCGUUGACAAUAGAAAAUAAAGUCAAGAGUACGGUUAUACUAUGAACAAGUGGAACGACUAGACAAAUAACAGCAACAAAAAUCGAAUAGCUGCGAGCGAGGCCGCGGCCAGAACCAAUCGAAGGACUGGGCUGGCCAGGACGCACACACACACUCGCACACACAAAUAUCGACGCCGACAGAAAUGGAUGUCCUGGAACUGUUGCGUGCGAGUGGCACAAACAUGUACGACAUAUUCUUAUCGGAUCCCUGGUGGGACUACAUCACCCAACAGCUCAAAGUGACGAUGUACCUGUACUGCGCCCUUGGCGUGCUUUGCGUCGUGUUCCUUGGCUGGUUCGUGUACUUCAAGUAUAUAACACGAUUGCGGCUGCGCGAUGAGAUUGCCACCUCGCAGAGUGAGAUGACCCUCGCCUCGAGCGGGGAUCUGCGCGGACCACGCUUUCGCAAGCGAGACAAGAUGCUGUUCUACGGCAGGCGCAUGCUGCGCAAGAUGAAGAACGUCAGCGGGCAGAUGUACAGCAAUGGCAAGGGCUACAAGCGGCGAGCGGUGAUGCGAUUCGCACGCCGCAUCCUUCAGCUGCGUCGCGACAAUAUGCCGCUGGAGGUGCGCACCGUGGAGCCGCCAGCGGAGUACCUGGAGGAGACCAUGGAGGGCAGCGAUCGAGUGCCCCCAGAUGCCCUCUACAUGCUGCAGAGCAUUCGCAUCUUUGGGCACUUCGAGAAGCCAAUCUUUCUGCGCUUGUGCAAGCACACCCAGUUGCUGGAGCUGAUGGCCGGUGACUAUCUGUUCAAGAUCACCGACCCGGACGACAGCGUCUACAUUGUGCAGUCGGGCCUGAUCAAUGUGUACAUCAUGAAUGCUGACGGCAGCACGCUCUCCCUCAAGACAGUCCGCAAGGGCGAGUCGGUGACGUCGCUGCUCAGCUUCGUUGAUGUCCUCUCUGGUCAUCCCAGCUACUACAAGACGGUGACGGCCAAGGCAAUGGAGAAAUCGGCAGUCAUUCGACUGCCCAUGGCGGCCUUCCAGGAAGUGUUCCAGGACAGUCCGGAUGUGAUGAUCCGUGUGAUUCAGGUGAUAAUGAUACGACUGCAGCGUGUGCUGUUUACGGCGCUGCGCAACUACCUCGGCCUCAAUGCAGAGCUCGUGCAGAACCACAUGCGGUUCAAGGGCAGCAGUCAGGCGCCCACCGGUUGCUGUUCACAAACAUCGCGACAGGCCAACGCCACAGGAUCGGCAUCGGCGACGGCAGCGGCCGCGUCUGUCGUGGGUGCAGCCAUAAAUACGGCACUGCCAAGGCCAUACAGCUCCCUGUCGCGUCACUCACAGGACGAGCAGCACACGCUGUCCAACCCGAAUCCGGGCAUACCAAAUCUAGAGCUGGCUGGCGACACAGUGAACACGCUCUAUGGCGACAUGAAUGGCCUUAGGCUGAAUAGCGAAUUUUUGUAUCACAAUCGUGAGUCGGACGGUAAUCUGGCCAAUCGUCGCGGCUCCACAGCGCAUCUGGAACAGCCCGAGGUGGGUCCAGUGCCGUCCAUUGAUAUGCGUCUGGUCCGGGCAUCGGCGGUGGAGAGCUUGCGCAAGGAGCUGGGCCUGCCCGAAACGGAUGCCCACAUCAUAGAUCCCUUUGUGGAGGUGCAGGAAUUUGAGGCGAAUGUCACCCUCAUCACUGAGGGCAAUGCGGAUGAUGUGUGCGUGUGGUAUGUGAUGACCGGCACACUGGCCGUCUAUCAGGGCAAUGCCGAUGCGACGCGCGGCAAGCAGGAUAAAACGGAUAUGCUCAUCCAUCAUGUGCAUCCCGGGGAGAUAGUGGGCGGCCUGGCCAUGCUCACGGGCGAGGCCAGUGCGUACACAAUUCGUUCGCGUAAUAACAGUCGCGUGGCAUUCAUCAGACGUGCCGCCAUAUACCAAAUUAUGCGUCAGCGUCCGCGCAUUGUGCUGGAUCUGGGCAAUGGGGUGGUGCGGCGCCUGUCGCCGCUGGUGCGCCAAUGCGAUUAUGCCCUGGACUGGAUAUUUCUGGAGUCCGGACGGGCGCUCUAUCGGCAGGAUGAGAGCAGCGACAGCACGUAUAUUGUGCUCAGUGGACGCAUGCGUUCUGUGGUUACGCAUCCUGGCGGCAAGAAGGAGAUCGCUGGCGAGUACGGCAAGGGUGAUCUUGUGGGCAUUGUGGAGAUGAUCACCGAAACGUCGCGCACCACCACAGUGAUGGCGGUGCGUGACUCGGAGUUGGCCAAACUCCCGGAGGGUCUCUUCAAUGCCAUCAAGCUGCGCUACCCGAUUGUGGUGACCAAGCUGAUCAGCUUCCUUAGCCACCGCUUUCUCGGCUCGAUGCAGACGCGCCCCACAGCUGGGGCGCCUGGGGCACCCGUCGAGGCCAAUCCCGUCACGCACAAAUACUCCACGGUGGCCCUGGUGCCCAUCACAGACGAUGUGCCGCUGACACCAUUCACCUAUGAGCUCUACCAUUCACUGUGUGCCAUCGGUCCUGUCCUGCGUCUAACAUCGGACUUGGCGCGCAAGCAGCUGGGUUCGAAUAUAUUCGAGGCGGCGAACGAAUACCGACUCACCUCGUGGCUGGCCCAGCAGGAGGAUCGCAACAUAAUCACCCUCUAUCAGUGUGACAAUGCGCUGAGUCCGUGGACCCAGCGGUGUAUGCGCCAAGCGGAUGUCGUCCUCAUUGUGGGCCUCGGCGAUCACUCUCAUGCGGUGGGAAAGUUUGAGCGCGAAAUCGAUCGCCUGGCGUUGCGCACGCAAAAGGAACUGGUUCUGCUCUACUCGGAGGCGACCUCCUCGAAGCCGGCCAAUACGCUCAGCUGGCUGAACGCUCGUCCAUGGGUGACCAAGCAUCAUCAUGUGCUCUGUGUGAAGCGCAUCUUUACGCGCAAAAGUCAAUACCGCAUCAAUGAUCUCUACAGUCGUGUACUGCUGUCCGAACCGAAUAUGCAUUCCGAUUUCUCGCGCCUGGCCCGCUGGCUGACGGGCAAUUCGAUUGGUCUCGUUUUGGGCGGCGGCGGGGCACGUGGUGCUGCUCAUAUUGGCAUGCUGAAGGCCAUACAGGAGGCGGGCAUACCAAUCGAUAUGGUCGGAGGCGUCAGUAUUGGUGCACUGAUGGGUGCACUCUGGUGCUCGGAGCGUAACAUUACCACGGUCACACAGAAGGCGCGAGAGUGGUCAAAGAAAAUGACCAAAUGGUUCCUACAACUCUUGGAUCUAACCUAUCCCAUAACAUCGAUGUUCUCCGGGCGGGAGUUCAAUAAGACCAUCCAUGAUACCUUCGGUGAUGUGAAUAUUGAGGAUCUGUGGAUACCCUACUUCACCCUCACAACGGAUAUCACCGCCAGUUGCCAUCGCAUCCACACCAACGGAUCUCUGUGGCGCUAUGUACGCUCCUCCAUGUCGCUUAGCGGCUACAUGCCGCCCCUCUGCGACCCCAAAGAUGGGCACCUGCUACUGGAUGGCGGCUAUGUAAAUAACUUGCCAGGUCACCUGUGGCGCUACUGCCGUGCCAGCAUGUCCAUCGCUGGUGUCUUUCCGCCUUUCUGUGAUUACCGCGACGGCCAUCUCCUCCUCGAUGGCUGCUACACAAACAAUGUGCCAGCUGAUGUGAUGCACAACCUGGGCGCCGCUCACACAAUCGCCAUCGAUGUAGGCUCCCAGGAUGAUACUGAUCUGACCAACUACGGGGACGAUCUAAGCGGCUGGUGGCUGCUCUACAAGAAGUGGAAUCCUUUCACAUCGCCCGUAAAGGUGCCCGAUCUGCCCGACAUUCAAUCGCGGCUUGCCUACGUUUCGUGCGUUCGACAAUUGGAGGAGGUGAAGAACUCGGAUUACUGUGAAUACAUUCGACCGCCCAUCGACAAGUACAAGACCCUGGCGUUUGGCAGCUUCGAUGAGAUCCGGGACGUGGGCUAUGUGUUUGGCAAGAACUACUUUGAGGCUAUGGCGAAGGCGGGACGGUUGGGCAGAUUCAAUCAGUGGUUCAACAAGGAGCCGCCCAGACGCAGCAACCAUGCCUCACUCAACGAGUACACGUUCAUCGAUUUGGCGCAGAUCGUGUGCCGGCUGCCGGAGACCUAUGGCGUGAACGCGGCGGAUCUAUUCAGCGAAGACGAAGACUGCGAUGGUUACAUAUCGGAGCCAACCACACUGAACACGGAUAUGCGACGCUAUCAGGUACCGCGUGCCGGCAACUCGUUGUCAUUUUCUGAGACUGAAAUGGACAUGGACUCCGAUGUGGAGAUGGAUUUGAAAAUGGAGCGCAAAAAGGACAAGUCCACGCAGGCCACACCGCCACUGCAGAGCAAGGCACAUAUGCUGCGGCGCAAGCACUCGAGGGAAGAGGCUAGACACGAAUGGGAAAUUAAGCGCGAGCAGAAGCAGGAGCUGGCGCGCGAGCAGGAUCUGGAGCGGGAGAAGGAACUGAAUCAAAAGGGUCGACUGGUCGAGGCGGAUGACAAUGGGGAGGAGACAGGCGUACCCGCACAGACCUCGCUGAUAUACACAGAAGACGACGAGGAGAUGGACAGAAGUGAAGUGAAUAAAGACAACGAAAGGGAUGAGGAGAGUAGGGCAGAGGUCAAGCAGGAAAAGGAGCAGCAAAAGGAGAGCCGAAGCGAUGCGAAUAACGAAACCAAAAACUAGCUAUAGUCAACACAAUCAAGGCCAUGUCCAAAACAGCAAACAGCAAGCAAACGCCUCCACAUGCUGUAAACCACCCAAUCAAUCUCCAACGAAACAAACCAACAAAAAA